CGCAGGGAAGGAUCCGUUUUGGCGGGCGGUUGGCGUUGCGCAGAAGGCGGCGGUGGUGGUGGCUUGUGGUGCGGACUCAGUAUACAGGAACAGGGCAGACGUUAGCGUGAGUGAUCACUCUCAAUCCCGGGGACCCGGUGGCCUUAGUCUUUCAGGUGGAACGGUGUGCGACAUGGGAAAGAAAACCAAGCGGACAGCUGACAGUUCUUCUUCAGAGGAUGAGGAGGAGUACGUUGUGGAGAAGGUGCUAGACAGGCGCGUGGUUAAGGGACAAGUGGAAUAUCUACUGAAGUGGAAAGGCUUUUCUGAGGAGCACAAUACUUGGGAACCUGAGAAAAACUUGGAUUGCCCUGAGCUAAUUUCUGAAUUUAUGAAAAAGUAUAAGAAGAUGAAGGAGGGUGAAAAUAAUAAACCCAGAGAGAAGUCAGAAAGUAACAAGAGGAAAUCCAGUUUCUCAAACAGUGCCGAUGAUAUCAAAUCUAAAAAAAAGAGAGAGCAGAGCAAUGAUAUCGCUCGGGGCUUUGAGAGAGGACUGGAACCAGAAAAGAUCAUUGGGGCAACAGAUUCCUGUGGUGAUUUAAUGUUCCUAAUGAAAUGGAAAGACACAGAUGAAGCUGACCUGGUUCUUGCAAAAGAAGCUAAUGUGAAAUGUCCACAAAUUGUGAUAGCAUUUUAUGAAGAGAGACUGACAUGGCAUGCAUAUCCUGAGGAUGCGGAAAACAAAGAGAAAGAAACAGCAAAGAGCUAAAGGAGGGGAUGGUCUCUGUCAUUUCUCUUUGUACAUAAUACAUUCACCUCCCUGCCUCCUCUCCUUUCUUCCCACCCCUUUCUAUCCUAAACACAUCCAUAAAAAAUGUGCUUAUCACUGUGCUCCACAGGAGAAAUGUUGGUAUUGGUUCUCUUGUAACAUAACUGAUGGUCUGAUUAAUGAUAAGUGUCUCUCUGUGAAGACCAGGCAUUUACAUACUGAGUGUAAUACCCACAAUUUUUUUUUCCUUUGCCCUGAUCUCUUCCUUCUGCUCCCCUGUGACCUCAAGAUGAGUUUUAACUUUUUAAUCACCUUAGAGUCUUGAUCUUUUCAGGGUUGGUCGCUUUUUAGAUUGGGGGAUUUUGUUACAAUGAUGUUAAAUUUUGGUUUCUUGCUUUGGUUCUUAGAACAUGUUACUGACUAGCUGGCCUUUGUUCUGACAUGUUGAGAUGGAAAGGAUGUUGCUCAUCUGUUAAAAAGCCAAUAGCAACUGCCUACCUGUUGGGGCUUUCCCAGCCUUGUUCAGCUCUACCCAGGAGAAUACAGGGUUUCUGGUGUGGUCUUCUGGGCCACCCUCUGUUGUUCAUCCUCACUCAUCCUCCCAGAAUUACUCCAUCCUUUGGAAGAUUUGAAAUUUUACACUGAAAUCUGUGAAGACACUCUUUUUAGCCCCAGGACUUUCGUUAUUGCUUUUAGCACUCCCCACUUCUGCUUCUGUAAAGUGAUAUCAAUUUGUGAUAAAAUGACAAGAUUAUUAACUGUGGAGAUUUUUAGCUAUAGUACAUGAGGGUGAUGGGGUAGGGUACAAUUGUCUUUAUUAUCAUGUAUGUAUGUAUGAUUUCUUUCCAUUCCUCAUGUUUAGACUGUAUAUUUAUGUAGGUGUGAGUGAUUGCCUGGUGCUUGCUUGUGCCAAGGUGCUAGGCACCCUCCAACCCUGCCAACUUUUGUGGCCUCCCAAAGCAUUCCUGUUACCAAAGAGGCUUCAAACCUGACCCUCACUUCUCAGUGGACCCGAGUUUCCCUUCCAUGCCAUUAUUUUCAGUGGGGAAGUUUUAGAGGUGAGCUGUUGGCCACAGUAUCAAUUUUAAGUGUUCAUAGCAGUUACGUCUCCUGCAUUCUUGGCUCCUGGAUUUACCACCAAGAGUCCCCAAAAUAUUAAUGCUCUUCCCUUUUUCUACCCUCAAACUUAUAGUUGUAUCUUAUUUUUUAAAAUGAAUUUUCAUGGCCAGGCACAGUGGCUACCGCCUGUAAUCCCAGCAAUUUGGGAGGCUGAGGCAGGAGAAUUGCUUGAAGCCAGAAGUUUGAGACCAGCCUGGGCAAUGUAGUGAGACCCCCCGUCUCUAAAAAAUACAAAUAAAAAUAAAGGCAUGUUCCUGAAAGACUAUCACCUUGGAAAGUGACAGGCCCUGGCAUUAGCAUGUUGACACAACCUUUUCUCCUUACUUAGCAAAAUACUUCGUUUUGGUUUCUUGUGUUGCUAUUGAGAAAUUUGUCUGAUCAUAUCCUUCUGCCUUUGUCCCCCAAGAAAUGCCCUACUUUAUCCUUUUCUUUUUGUAGUUGAGGAGAGCUAGAGAAUCACAAUUAAAAGUAAGGAAAUAGCAGGGUUUUGAGGAUCGUUGUCCCAGCCCCAAAGCUGAGGAAAUAAGAAUAAAUGCUUAAUAUAGCCUUAAUUCUAGAGCGCACCAGCCAUGAGGCUGCUUUUCUUGUUGCUUUUGAUUUUUAAAACAUACAGCUGUCUGGCUAGGAGCAUCUACCAUUUCUAGAUUAUUCAGAGUAAUGAGGGGAAUGGAUGGAUUGCUCCAGUCCACAGAUGAGCCACAUAAUAUGCAAAUCAUAUACCCAUUCAUAGCAUUUGUUAACAUUGCUUCCCUGCUCAGCUGCUGAUUGAAUUCUGUGUGCUUAUAUAAAUUAUGUCAAAAAUUAUACUGCAUAAUUGAGGUGACAGCUGUUGCUGCAGUGACAUGACAAACUGGAACAAUGUAGCUUUUGGUUUAAGUCAGCCAUGAAAAUCCUUCUGAAUGGUAAUGUGAUUGGGCAAGAGCUCAUAAACCAUACCUCAAGUGGGUGGGAGUUUUAUCUCUAUAUUCCUUCUCUCUCUGAAGGAAUUAAAGGCCUAGAUCAAGUGCUGGAUAAUUGACAAUUGCUUGUACUUAAUCUGAUCGGUAUCUAAAAGAAGGAAAGGAUGGUCAGGAAACAGAUUUAUCAUAAAUGUAGCCAAGGAUAUCAAUUAGGGUAGACAAGAAUAGGACAAAAAUAGGCCAGAGCUCCUGAGGAGGUGAUUUGGGUCUCUUGAUUUGCAGAAAAAUGACAGCCUAUCCAAGUGGCCCAGUGUAUGCCUCCCAGUAGCAGUGGGCAUGUAAACUGCAGCGACCAUAUUUUUAAAACCAAAAACCUAGUGUGUAGACAAAGAACAUGACAAUAUUUGGUACUGAGAUUGGUUCUGAGAAACCUGGGGCACGUGGCUGCUGUGGUUAUAGGUAAUAUUUAAGACAUUCAUAAAAAUCUGAUAUUAUUUUACCGAAAUAACCCCAGUAUCAUCUACUACUUAUCAUCUCUUAAUAGACUUUACUCUGUCUUUUUUGUCUUCGGUUUAUUUUACAGAGUGCCGCCAAAACAACUUUUGUUCUCUUCCUGCCUACCUGCAGCUGGUUCUAUAGGAAUGUAGGGAGCCAGAGGCCAGUAUUGAUUUCAGCCCUUAGCACAAAGGAAAUCAGAUGCCUGCUUCCAGCAUUUGUUAGUGUUGAGUAGAUGUUCUUGCCCUAGAAGAAUUACAGCCUCAAACAGAAACCUGUUUCAUGGAGCUUUCUCCCCUCAGAAGAGUUAAUAGUUAAGAGCUAAGCACUCUUAAACACCUAGGUCUCAAAUGCUAAAAAUUUAUUUUUCUUGUGUUUAGUCCUCUUUCAAGACAUCUUUCUAAUCCUUUCAGUAAUCAACAUUAAAAGAUCUCCCUUUCUUCAGAGUUAUAGCACAGCUUUGCCCAGUAGAGUCUACCAAGGACAGCUUAGCAGCUCUUUGAUCGCUGGGCUGGGCAGAUGGCCUUCAAGUUAAGAUCAAAUGCCGGGAAAAUCAGCCUACAUGGGAGCACCCAUUUUAAACCUGGAGAGAACCAUGAUGUUUUCUUAUUCAAAUAACAAUUUAGUUUUUUUCCCGCCAGUACUAAAAUUGUAUUGUCUUUCAGACAAUAUAAUUUUUAUUUAAAAUUGGAACAUACUAUCUUCAUGCUUUCUAAGCUAAAUCUUAAUUUAGAUUUCACUCCUCAGUAGAUCCCAGAGGAGAAGCUAUAUAGGAUCCAGAUUCAAAUUUAACAGUGUCUUCUACUUUUUUAGUUAUGUUUUCUAUCAACUCCUGCUGCCUCUUCAAAUAAGGAUAUUUCUCAGGAGACUCUUCUACUUGUCCACUGACUGUAUUUUUUCCUUUUUGAUCUGUAGCCCUGGUUAAAUGGCUGUCAUCCUUCCGUGGAUGAUUCUUGGAGGUAGUCUCAGAAUUCCAAGGUGAUUGUCUAUCUUCUUGUCUUGAUCCUAAUGCAGACAUUCACCUCUAUUAUUUAUUUAUUUAUUUUAGAUGGAGUCUCGCUUUGUCACCAGGCUGGAGUGCAGUGGCACAAUCUUGGCUUACUGCACCCUCCACCUCCUGGGUUCAAGCGAUUCUCCUGCCUCAGCCUCUCGAGUAGCUGGGACUACAGGUGUGCACCACCAUGCCCAGCUAAUUUUUGUAUUUUUGGUAGAGAUGGGGUUUUACCAUGUUUGCCAGGAUGGUCUCGAUUUCCUGACCUCGUGAUCUGCCCACCUUGGCCUCCCAAAAUGCUGGGAUUACAGGCGUGAGCCGCCAUGCCUGGCCACCUCUAUUAAUUUUUGUACACAAAAAUAAAAUUGUCGUUGUUUGCUCUCAUGGAGCACUUUCAGUAAUACAAUUUUUUUUAAUUCCAGUUGCCCUCUUUGUUGCUCUGUCCUCUGUAAUACCUGACUUUGCUAAAGACUUGAGGGGUGGUUUCAGAAGAGGGUCAGGUGAUGGGAAGGCAGGAUGAGAAAAGCCCUGGACUUGCAUGUUUGAGAAGGCUUCCAACCACAUCUUCACUCAGACUCUCGGAAUUCCUGUCCCCAAAACAAGCUUCUGUUUUUUGCUCACAGUGCUGUAUUUGUUUCUAAAUUUUUCCUGAAUUGCUGAGAAGCAGUCAUUAGCUUUGUUAAGUUUGGUUUGGGGACAUUGUUGGUAUCAAAAUCGAAGUCUUCUUCAUUUGAUGUAGGCCAUGAAUCAUCAAUAACUGGUUGCUGGAAAGCUUGACUACCAUCCACUGGGGUGCUAUUUUGAGAAGGAUUUUUGGGUAUCUUUGUAGUCUGCAAUUAGUUGAUGAUUGCUUUCUAGUUUAUCAACUGCAUUUAUAUUUGCUUUUCUGUUCAUGAAAAAUCCAUUAUUUGCUGGGGUUUUUUGUUUGUUUGUUUGUUUUUCCCACUUACAGCAAGUAAAAGUGGUCUGAGGUUAUCCUUGUUUUUCUUCGCAGUUUGCCGUGUGUGAAAGCCGAUUUCCUGCUAUUGAUAUAUUCUCAUUAUAGACAGAAUAGUGGAGAACGAUGUUGCCAUGGACAAAAUCCAGUUUUGGUCCACUCUGGGGAGCAUUUGGACCUGUGGUGCUUCUAACACUUAAAAGUCUAGAUGGUCCUUGACUGUCCCCUAGCCAUACUGCAUACUACUUUGUGCGUUCUACUUUGUGUCAUUAAUGAAGGAUUGGUCCUGUCCCCGUAACUUAGGCAUUUAUUAUUCUUAACUCUUCAUUCCUGUUCUGUAGCCACCCUGCAGUCCAUUUUCCCUAUGUUCAGGCCUAACCACAGGGCAUUGGGGAAGGUUUUGGGGAUUUUCAUAUUGAGAUUUUAUUGAAUCUGUAGUUUACCCCAGCUUUCCUAAGGUACAGUGAGGGGUUGGAGGGAUCUGUGUUUGGCCCGGGGAGCAAUUGUCUCUACUUUAAGUUUCAAUUUUGAGGGUAUAAAAUACUACUUUGCAAUGUCAUUAGAUCUGAAAUGUGGAAAUGGUUUCUCACAAUUUAAAGGAAAAACCCCCUUUACACCCAUGGUCCCAUCCUUUUGGUUGAGAUUUUAGAAUAAAAAUUAUAGUGUUGAGAUCCGUACUUUUGUAAUCAGACCACCAAGCAUGCCUGUGGCAAGGCAGAGAGGAAGGGUCUGGAGCCAGUGUAUUGCAGUUUCAUGCUACCUUUACCUACUAAUCAUAAAAAUUGUUUUCAAAAGUAGAUGAUACUAGCCUUACACCCAAAAACAUUCUGAAUUAGAUGCCCCCUCACCCAAUUUUUAUUAACUUUCUAAAUUCCAGCCACAUUGCUAUACAUCAACAUUGGUUUCAUUCAACAGACAUUUUUUUGGCUUGAAGAUACAAAGUUCAGAAAGAGGCCAUCCCUGCCCUCAAAUAACUUUCAUAUUGUUGUGUGAUGAACUGACCAUUAAUAGUUUAAGUGCUUACAAGCUGUGUUUCUGUUCAAAAAAAAAUAGUUUGGUAUAAUAAAUGCUAUAAACCAAUACACAUUUCUGACAUGGGGGCAGAGACAGACUGGCUGAUGUUGUAUAGUUUGUAGCCCUGGAGUAAGAAGUUGACAUUAAUUUUGGCUUAUAUAUGGAAAAGACCUAUAACAUUGGGUGAACUGAGCCAACUGGCCAUAGAACACAAGAACAUAUUCCAGGAAAUAAAUAUAGUUGGAGGGUUGGAAAUGCUGUUAUUACUGAGAGAGAAAACAGGUGAGUUGUGAUUGAGAACUCGUGAUUUUCAUCCCUGGUUUAGAUUCUUGGCCAAAGUGUAGUAGUAGAGUUAAUCUUUGCUUGUGGAAAGCAUUAACUGUGUUGCAGAUUCAGUUGUGUUACAUUAUUGUGGGUUCUAUAACAACAUAUUCCUCAUGGACACUUUACCAGAGUUGCUCACACCUUUUUCAAUUUCUCAUCCCUUUUGGAGGAAUGAACAUGAGACUUAACUGCCUUUAAGCCUAAAACAGGGACAUGCUUUCCAAUGACGAGAUUUUCUAAAGAGAAGGCUUGGAGCACAUUUGUUAAUACCUGAGCAUCUACUCUGAGCAGUGCAGUUUUAUUCAAUACUGAAGAGAGGGUGAUUUCUUUUUUUUUUUGAGACGGAGUCUUGCUCUGUCGCCCAGGUUGGAGUGCAGUGGCGCAGUCUUGGCUCACUGCAAGCUCCGCCUCCCGGGUUCACGCCAUUCUCCUGCCUCAGCCUCCCGAAGAGCUGGGACUACAGGCGCCCGUCACCACGCCCGGCUAAUUUUUUGUAUUUUUAGUAGAGACGGGGUUUCACCGUGUUAGCCAGGAUGGUCUCAAUCUCCUGACCUCAUGAUCCACCCACCUCGGCCUCCCAGAGUGCUGAGAUUACAGGCAUGAGCCACCGCGCUGGGCCAAGAGGGUGAUAUCUAAGCAGAGAAUUGUAUCACUUAUGUGGAAACCUUUGCCAGAAAUACAUAUACCUUGUAUAUUAAAUCUGGGUCUCAGAUUUAAUCAUCGAAGCCUAGCUGGGUUAAGAAACAGUCUGAUCGUAAGGAUGUUGUCGAUUCUGACCCAUGGGUGACCACAAGAAAAAGAUAUUUAUUUCUGCCUGGAUAAUUGAGAGUUGACUAACUUUGGAAGUCAGAAUUCCCAGGAAUUAGAGUAACUGUUCUGGAAGGUUAAAGUGUGAAGUUUUUUAGAUAGUUUCAUAAAAACAAUUCUGGUUUCUUUUUGCUUGUGCUGACUUUCUUGGAUUUUAAUCUACCUCAUCUUGUCUUUUUAGAGUUACUUCAACUUGUUGUCACUUUAACAUUGUGCUUGACUUUGGUUGUUUUCUAAGAUGGAAUUUUUCCUAUUCAUUGACAGCUUGUUCUCUUGCCUUUUCAUUCUGAUCCUCAUUUCAUCUAACAUCAUCUCAUAUUGCUCCUCUGUCAAGAGAAAUGUUUUAAAAUAGUUUAAAGUCUUGUUUUAUGGGAAGAAAGUGAUCCUGCAAUGCUAUUUGUUUCUGAGGUCAGUAAGAGAAGGAGUUAAAACAAGGCAGUGGGGAAGGGAAUGAAUCCUGCACUGGAGGCAAAAGCUGACAAGGAAAGAGCCAUUAAUUAAGACAAUUUCAAAGUCAACUGAUUGUGAUCAUUAAUGUCACAAUAGAUCAAAACCUAAUUAUCACAGCCUAGGUAAGAGCCAUCAGUAUUAAUCGGAAAAUCUAAUAGGAAACUAUUAUCAAGAAAUUAGGCCAAAUUGAAUGCAAUGAACUUUUUAUCUUGCCAUUCUCUAUUUUUUUGUGAUGUCCCCUGGCAUUGGCAGGUGUGACCCUAACAGUCGAUUCAAGGCCAAGUGGCCAGUUUGUCAACCUUUUUUAAGGGAUUUCUUUUUAUUGUUAGGAAUUCCAAACAAGAGUUAACCUAAACUGUCAUUGCCAAAAGAUCAGUCUUAAACUUUCUUAGCACCUGUACCUGUUUAAUGUGAUCAGCUAUCAGUGAGAGAAAAAAAAUCUAUUUAGGUCUUGGAAUGGUUCCUGUACCUAGAGUAUCCAUAUUUAACCUUUUUUUUUUUUUGAGAUAGGAGAUGAAGUCUUGCUCUUUUGCCCAGGCUGGAGUGCAGUGGCGUGAUCUUGGCUCACUGCAACCUCCGCCUCUCGGGUUCAAGCAGUUCUCUUCCUCAGCCUCCCGAGCAGCUGGGAUUAUAGGCGCCUGCCACCAUGCCCGGCUAAUUUUUGUAUUUUUAGUAGAGAACGGGGUUCACCAUCUUGGCUGUGCUGGUCUUGAACCCCUGACCUUGUGAUCCACCUGCCUCGGCCACUCAAAGUGCUGGGAUUGCAGGCGUGAGCCAGCGCCCGGCCACAGUAUCUUUAUUACAGCUCACUGCAGCCUCAAUCUCCUGGGCUCAAAUGAUCCUCCUGCCUCAGCCUCCCAAGUAGCUAGGACUACAGGCGCACACCACGGUGCCUGGCUAAUUUUAUUAUUUAAAAAAUUUUUUGUAGAGACAGAGUCUCCCUGUGUUGCCCAGGCUGGUCUCCAACUCCUGAGCUCAAGUGAUCCACCUGCCUCAGCCUCCCAAAGUGCUGGGAUUACAAGCAUGAGCCACCGCACCCGGCCCCUAGUGAACAUUUUACUGUAUGUGUUGAUAAAUCAUCUUUUGAGUUUGUGUUGUAUGUGGGGACUUGCUACACUGGCUGCUGUGAAGAGGUAUGGAAGAAAGGAGAGGGUUUCUGCCUAGAUAUUCUUUGAGAACACCUGAAAAGACAGUUUAAUCAUGUCACAACACUCUGAAGGCUCAAGUCAGUGUUUUCUGGUUUCCGCUAGCUUUAGGGUUGGAUUCUAAACCAGGGCUGGUGGUGGGUUUGGUGUCUGUCUCAUGUCACCCUCACCCCUCACCUCCUCAGUUUAGGGUAAGAGACAUAAUGAUUUCUACCAGAAUCCAAAGUAAAUCCAAAGGGGGAGAAAAGACAUAACUGUUUUUUCUUCUACCUUUUUUUUGUUAAAGAGUUAUGUCUCUGGCAAGAGGAAAGAAUUCAAGAGUCUAUAUGAUUAGUUACAGAGAAUAUUUUCAUCCCCUCUCCCUGAAUAGAAAAGCAGGGGUCACCAUUUGUAUCCUUACCCUUGAGGUGUUUUUGAAGAUGCUGUAACUCUUGAAGUUGAGCUGAGGCAGAAAGUUUGGAAAAAUGCAGCCCUCUGGGUAUUGUGGGGAGGGAUGUGAUGUAGUAAGAGGGUGUUUUGUGUUGCUAGGAUUCCCACGCCAUCAACUUGCAGCUUUAUAAGAGCGCUACCAAGAACCACCACUGGGGAAAAGGUUCUUAUUCAUUGUUUCUAUUGGAAUGUGAUCUUGCUUUCUGGAUUUUAGGAAUUCAGGUUACUCAACAUAAAACUUUGAGAAAUCAGUGUGAUUUAGUCCUUCACCUCCUAAGAUAAAGUGAAUAUUUCUUUACAAAAGAAUUCAUGUCCUUAAUGUGAAGAUGUAAUUUUAUUUUCAAAACAUCUGUAACAUGACUUUCAGAAGCAGUUCAUUUUUCCAAGAUUCCUCACAUUAUACUAGAUAAAUAAUAGGCCCUCAGUUAAUACCCUUCACUUAUUGAAUUAAUCUAGUUUGUGGAAUGAGGUGUAUCCUGCCAACUUCCUCUGCUCCCAAGUACACUCUGAGAAGUAAAAUGCUCUGGGAAAUGGAACAAGAAUUGAGUGGAUGCUGACUAUGUGUGCCCAUCUCCUCAACUGAUUGAUAAUGGUUGACCUUGGGCAAGUCACUUCUUUCAAUGCCUCAGUUCCCCAUCUGUCAAAUGGGGUUAAUAAUACUGACCUACCUCACAGGGGUGUUGUUGUGAGGCAUUGUAAAUCAAAGUUAAUAGAAUACUUCAGGGUCCUCUGGAGGAUGUCUUGAGCCGGAGUUGAAGCCUGACACACAGGCUUUGGUCCUCACUGAGCUGUCUCCAAGACUGGAACUACUUAGUGACUCGGCAAAUUUUCUGCCCCCCACCCCUCAACAAAGCUGCUAGUUCAGAUGUUGACAGUGUUUUCAUGAAUGUUGGAAUCUUACUAGUCCAGACUUACUUAGGAUGUUGUUGGGGAAGGCACUUGGGAUUUUCUGUGUCUUGCAUUCACAGAGGGAGGCCAUUUCAAAUUCAAGAGCAUUCGAUUAGGGAAUUGUGAGGCAGGGAUGCUACUGCUUAUUUCUCUCUGCAGGUUGGGGAUUAAAGUUCCAUUCCCCAUGGGUUUGAAGCAGAUUCAGACUGUCUCAGGAUCAAAGUAACCCUCAAUGGUUUUGAUUUAUGUCAUUGCUUACCACUCCCCAACCGAUCCCAGGACAGCUGGGUCACUGUACCCCUUCGUGGUAUCUGUACCUGGGCCUCUCCUUCCUCAUAGGGACCAGCUGAUUGAAUAAAUGUGACCACCUUAUUUCUACCCCCCCCCCCCAAAAGCUACAUUGGAAUUAUUUUUCCUAGAAAUGUGUAUAACACUCAGAAUUGGGCAUUGAUCCUUUAAGCUUCAUCCCAUUCACUGUAUUCAACAUCUGUCAUCUCUUAGUGUCUGCAGUCUGAACCUAACCUUGACCUUUUUUCCCUCUGGUUUGAGAAAACUUUGGACACUAUUUCUACUUGCCCAGGUGUGGGCUCAAGAGCCUUACUCUUUCCAUCUCAGUUUAGGGGCGCAGCCAGCUCCUCUUCCCAAUAGGGCUCUUUCUGCUUUCCCUCUCUUUGGCCCUAGAUUUGUAAUCCAUGAAAAAGCACAGGGUCCUGGCUCCUUGCGGUCACAUUCUGGUUCUCUGUGUUUUGUGGACUCUGCUGUCACUGUUCACCCAGUACUAGCAAUACCAGACGGUUCUGUGGAGUCCUGGGGAAUGGAGAGAGCACAGUCUGACUCCCUGCCAAGUAGCCAGGAGUUGACUUGCCCAUGGUCUGCUGGCUUUCUCACCACUUCCUACAGGAUGGGAUCUAAGAGACUCAAGAGCUGGGUUUCUUUCAGCACUCUGUACUGUCCCAAGUAGCAAACAAAUCACUUUGUAGCCAGAUUUCUGAAUGGAAAUGAGAAAUUGAAUUCUCCACGGACUUUUAGGUUUAUGGGGGAGUUUUAGUUGUGUUUCUUGGUUUUAUUUCAGCCAAACAUGUCUGCUUUUGAUUUUUUUUAAAAAAAGUAUAAGUGGUCUAUAUAUAUGUUCACCUUUUAAAUGUAAAUGUUUAAAAAGUAAGCAUUUAUGUGUUUCCAUAACUGACAUCUGAUGCAGACCUCAUUCUCUCCCCCUCUUCUACCCUCCUCUUUUCCCCCUUUUCAUACUCUUGUAUUGGUUCUAAUAAAUGGUUGCUUUUCAAA